AUGCGGAUUGUUGAUGCUGAGCACGUAGAGUUAGUUGCAUACCAACUCAAGGGUGUUGCUAGGAUUUGGUAUGACCAAUGGAAGAAGAACAAAGCUGAAGGGGUACCAAUUGUGAGCUGGGAUGUGUUUGAAAGUGCUUUCAUGGGGUGUUUCUUUCCCCAUGAGUUGAGAGAGGCAAAGGUAAGAAAAUUUCUCACUUUUAAACAGGAAUCCAUGAGUGUGCAUGAGUACAACCUCAAGUUCACCCAACCGUCCUGUUAUUCUCCGGAGAUGGUUGCUGAUAUGAGGAGUUGGAUGAGCCUAUUUGUGUCUGGACUAUCCCACUUGUCGAGUAAAAAGGGUAACACUACUAUGUUGAUAAGGGACAUAGAGAGAGCCAGAAUAAUGAUCCAUGUGCAGCAGGCUGAGGAAGACAAGUUGAAAGAUGGGGAAGAGUUUCGUAAUAAGAGGGACAAAAAAAUAGGUAAUGAGUCUGAAGAACAACUGGGCCUGCCCCAUCAUCUGCUAGUGCACCUGCAUCAAAGAGCAGAGGUGAGUUUAGGAAUCAGAAUUCGUAGAACUUUAGAGCUUGACCUACUCAAUCUCAGGGUAGUGUGGCACAAGGGGCCAACUAGACUCCUACAUGUGCUAAGUGUGGUAGAAACCACCCAGGAGCGUAUUGUGAUGGCUCCACUGGUUGUUUCAACGGCUCCAGUAGACAAAGCUGCACCUAGAGGAGAUACUUUAGGGACAAGAGGAGGAGCAAACUGUCUGUGUGCUAUCACCAGAUGCCAAGAGCAGGAGAAUUCACCAGAUGUUGUCACUGGAAUUGAAAACUCGAUUGACUACUGCCCCAUUGUUGACCCUACCGGAAGGUUGUCUAUCAUAAGUGCUGCUCAUGUGGAGGAAAGCAAGAAAGAAUUGGCCAAAGAUGUGCACAAACUUGAACAUUUGGGAGUUCAUUUGUUAGAUUCCAAUGAAGGUGGAGUGGUUGUGAUGAAUGGGGAUGAAUCAACACUAGUGUUUGAAGUGAAGGAGAAACAAGACCAAGAUCCUACUUUGCUUGAACUAAAGGCGAAUGUUCAUAAACAGAAGGUGAUAACUUUUGAACAAGGGGGAGAUGAGUUUAUUGCUAUCUGCCCAAAUUGCCAACAAGUCAAGCUAAAGAACCAAAGACCCGGUGGUGUUGCUUAG